AUGCCAGCAUCUGAGAGACUCUCCACACCGAGCUCCCUUGUGGCCGAGCGUCAUUCCCCCCGACCACCGGACAUCCAUCGACCGUCUCCGAUCUCCCACCGGGUGUUUUGCCCGCUCCUCGUCGACACGACGAUGGGAAUGAAGGAAGGCCCGUAUUUGGCGGUUGUUCAUAGGCCUAUGGACGGUAGUUCUUUCCACUGCUUCAUCACUGCAUGGUGUGUCCGCGUGGGAGUGGCAGUCGGAGCGGAGAUGAGAUGGCACUUCCCAUCUCUGGAGGUGCAUGUUCAGCAAGACUUGGUCCAUUGCGUGAAGCCGAGAAAAGCCACAAGGUAUUUGCGGGAAUUCUACCACUUAAGUUGA